CUCUACUGGCGGAAGCUGUUUACGUUAGCAGCGACGGUGUCCAUGAUUUAGCUCUAGCUUCUCGAUUUGAGCAGCCUUUUCCCUCAGUUUACGUGUUAUUAACAGAUAAACAGACGGUCUUAUAUGUUUAUAGUGGCUGGGCAGCAUGGGAAAAGCAGAUUUUCUCUCUCCCCCAAGGCAAUAGCCAACCGGAUAAAAUCCAAAGGGCUCCAGAAGUUGAGGUGGUAUUGUCAGAUGUGUCAAAAACAAUGCCGAGAUGAGAACGGCUUCAAAUGUCAUUGCAUGUCAGAGUCUCACCAGAGGCAGCUGCUGCUGGCCUCAGAGGACCCAAACAAGUUCAUGGACUACUUCUCUGAUGAGUUUAGAAGUGACUUCCUGGAGCUGCUCAGAAGACGUUUUGGGACCAAGCGAGUGCACAACAACAUCGUCUACAAUGAAUACAUCAGUCACAGAGAGCACGUCCACAUGAACUCCACACAGUGGGAGACUCUCACUGACUUCACCAAGUGGCUGGGCAGAGAAGGUUUCUGUAAGGUUGACGAGACCCCUAAAGGCUGGUACGUCCAAUACAUCGACCGCGACCCCGAGACAAUCCGUCGCCAAGAGGAACAGGCGAGGAAGAAGAAGCAGGACCUGGACGACGAGGAGAGGAGCGCCAGGUUCAUCGAGGAGCAGGUCCGCAGAGGCCGCGACGGCAAGGAGACAGAAGAAACUCCAGCGUACACAGAGCUGAAACGUGAGAGCGAAGAAGAGAAAAUUGCUUUCAACCUGGGCGCCUCUUCAUCCGUAGCCGGUCCUUCCAAAGCGAGCUCUGUCCUGGGUGCUAGUGCUCUCAAAGCAGCGGCAUCGUCAUCCUCAACCAAGAGGAAAGAACCUUCCUCCAGUUUAGACUCCAGAGCGGAGAAGAAGAAGAAAUCUGCUCUGGAGGAGAUCAUGGAGAUGGAGGAGAAGAAGAAGAAGCAGCAGCAGCCAGUCAGGACAGAUUACUGGUUGCAGCCCAACAUUGUGGUCAAAGUUAUCACCAAGCGACUGGGAGAGAAGUAUCACAAGAAGAAGGCUGUCAUCAUGGAGGUGCGGGACAAAUAUGGAGCGGUGGUGAAGAUGAUCGACUCCGGAGACAAACUGAAAUUGGACCAGAAUCAUGUCGAGACGGUCAUACCUGCACCAGGUAAACGGGUUUUGAUCCUGAACGGUCCUUACAGAGACACAGAGGCUCUGCUGGAGGGAAUAGACGAAAAAAAUUUCAGCGCUACACUCGCACUCGACUCUGGUCAACAGAAGGGGAAGAGAGUGGACAUCGCCUAUGAGGAUUUCUCAAAACUGGCCUGAACCAACAACCUUCCCGUUUUAACCUCAGACAGCCGUUUGUCUGGGGGACUCUACUGUGUCAGAGUUACUUCCCAAAUUAAUUCACCUGUACAUAUACAAAUCCCACAAUGCAAUUCCAGCGAUUUAUCACAGAGAAACUUAGAACAAUGUGUUCAAUCUGUUUUUUAUUUUGUAUUGAUGUUCAAGUUGAUCUUUGUCCAAAUAAAUUCAACAAAAGUGA